AUGGCGACUCAGAUGAGCAAGAAGCGAAAGUUUGUCGCUGAUGGAGUGUUCUUUGCUGAGCUGAACGAGGUUUUGACACGUGAGCUGGCGGAGGAUGGAUACUCUGGUGUGGAAGUUAGGGUUACUCCUAUGAGGACUGAGAUCAUCAUCCGCGCCACUCGCACUCAGAAUGUUCUCGGUGAGAAAGGGAGGAGGAUUCGGGAGUUGACAUCUGUGGUUCAGAAGAGGUUCAAAUUUCCAGAGAACAGUGUGGAGUUGUAUGCAGAGAAGGUUAACAACAGAGGGCUAUGUGCCAUUGCUCAGGCUGAGUCCCUUCGAUACAAGCUCCUCGGAGGCCUAGCUGUCAGGAGGGCCUGCUAUGGUGUUUUGAGAUAUAUUAUCGAGAAUGGAGCUAAGGGUUGUGAGGUCAUUGUUAGUGGAAAACUGAGGGCUCAGCGUGCCAAAUCCAUGAAGUUCAAAGAUGGCUAUAUGAUUUCUUCUGGUCAGCCCGUAAAAGAAUACAUCGACUCUGCCGUCAGACACGUUCUCCUAAGACAGGGAGUACUUGGAAUUAAAGUGAAGAUAAUGCUUGAUUGGGACCCCAAGGGAAAGCAGGGUCCAAUGACACCUCUUCCAGAUCAAGUCACAAUUCACACUCCAAAGGAGGAAGAAUACAUUAGGCCGGCUACAGCGCCCGUGGCAACUGAAAUUGAAGUGGCAGCAGGAGGAAUGUAG